AUGUCAUUUCGAAUGCAAGAUGUAGACUCUGUUACAGAGCCUGUCCUCACAGAACAAGAUUUGUUUGCUCCUCGCCAAGAAUCUUCGGAACAGGUGCAAGCUGCGAUUUCUCAGUUAGUUCCUCAAGCUCGAUCGACGAUUCAAGCUGGAAAUGCCAUGGAAGGGUUACGAACCUUGUUGUCUUAUGUACCCUAUGGAGAUGAUGUUCAGGAAGCUAGACAACAAUAUUUAUCCGCCUUUGUAGACUUGUUAAGCUACAUCCGGUCCACGGAUAUUGUAGGAUUUUUAAAACAAUGCAGCACCGAGGAUUCAGACAACAUUAUGAACUUUAUUUAUCGCGCACUAGCGAAUCCUCAAGAGUACAAUCCUUCUGUCUUGUUAAAUUGGCACGAAAAGAUUGUUCAAGUCAAUGGGAUUGGAUGUAUCACCCGUGUAUUGAGCAGCAGACCGGACAUGUAA